GACUGUAUCUGCGGUCUUUUUUUUUUUUUUGUCUCUCUCGUCGUUCAAAGGGUAACCGAAGUAGAUUAAGAAAACACACAUCAAAACAAGCGAAGAUGAACAAAAAGUUUGGAGGGAAGCAGCCAACGGGAACGCCAUCGCUGGCUUGGUCAAGCGUUGUCGUCGUGGCUUCGUUGCUCGCCGGCGCAUCAAUCGUUCACAACAUCUACAAACCCGAUCUCAAAUUACCUCCGGUUGAAAAUGGUGAUGGAGUCAAGAAUGAGGAUUCUGCAAACAAAGAUUGAAUCUUCUCUCUCUUCUCUUCUGGGAAGUUUCGCAUUUUGGGUUUUCAGACUUGUUGGUUAUAUAAUUUCACCGAGAAGUUCAGAACAAAGAUGGGAUCUUUUAUCUCUAUUCCUCCAGAAUCUUUAGCUAUUUGGUUUUGGUUUAUGAAGUAUAACCAAGAA